AUGACAUGUCAUGAGGCAUUGAAAGAAUUUGUGGAUGGGACUCUAAAUAUGUACCCUGCACUUUUGAUGAAGGCUAAUGCUAAGGAUGAAACCAUCCUUCAUAUAGCAGUCAGGUAUGGACAUACUGAAAUAGUGAAAAUAAUUAUUAAAUAUGUUAAUGAAGCUACCCCUGGUGAAGAUGAAAUUAAGAAAACACUUGUAAGGGCUACAAAUGAUAAGAAGGACACAGCCCUACAUGAAGCAGUGCGUUAUAAUCAUAAAGAAAUAGUGGAGUUGUUGAUAAAUGAAGAUCCAAAUCACCCAUAUUUUGAAAAUAAUGAUGGGGAGACUCCACUUUAUAUUGCUGCUCAGAGAAGCUACUAUAAAGUAAUACAUACAAUAUUGGAAAAAAGCAAUUCACCAAAUCAUAAAGGCCCCAACGGGAGAACAGCAUUACAUGCAGCUAUUAUUCAUUUGGAGAAGUUGGGAAGAAAAAAGUUGCUGCAAAAAAUACUGUCAGUGGUGAAAGAAGCAGAUGAAAAUGGAUGGGUGCCACUUCACUUAGCAACAUUAGAUGAACGGGAUGACAAUGUCUUGACAAAAGUGUUGUUAGAGCAAGAUAGAAACACAGCAUACAUGAGAGACAACAAGGGAAGGACGGCUCUUCACUUUGCUGCGUAUUGUGGAAAUGGUACAGUCAUGAGAAAGAUAAUAAAAUAUUGUCCAGAUUGUUCAGAGUUGGUGGAUCACAAGGGCCGCAAUGCUCUUUAUUAUGCUACAAGUCUUGAGGGAGACAAACUCAGUGGAAGAUCAAUGGCUGCAAACAUAAUUGUGAAAGAACAACAACUAAGAAACGUGCACAAUGAGAAAGACAAUGAAGGCAACACGCCUCUUCAUCUCCUUGCCCGUUAUGCUUCCACAUGGAAAGAAUAUCAUUCUCAUCCUCUUCUGAAAGAAAACUCAAGGAUAGAUACGAUGAAUAUUUUCUUGCGAGAACUUCAACACGGUAUUAGAGCAAGGUUUGGUGGGAGAGUCAUAAAUAAGAAUGUUAAAAAGAAGAAACAACAGAAGAGACAUGAUCCAGCAGUGAUAGAAACGCAGAAACAGGAGAAAAAGGAACAAGAGGAAGAUGACGAGUCAAAAAUUCAAGGCAGAGUGAGACAAACCUUGCUUGUAGUUGCCACACUGAUAGCAACAGUAACAUUUGCAGCAGGAUUUACGUUGCCUGGGGGUACUAUACAAGAUGUUAAAAACAAGGGCUCUCCCAUGUUAAUGCAUAAUGCUACUUUUAAGGCAUUUGUGGUGACAGAUUCUCUUUCCUUUGUUCUAUCUGCCUCUGCUGUCUUUCUCCAAAUUUUCUCAUCAUUUGUGGAGAGAAAUGAAUUUUUCUCUGUCUCAAACAGAAAUUCGUUCCUAGCAGCCUUACUGGACAAUGUUGGGAAUGGUAUUCUUAAUAGCAGCAUUUGCGACAGCCACAUACACUGUCUUGGCUCCUUCCAAAGGCGUUGCUAUUGCCACUCUUCUUAUUGCAUUGUCUUUCUUCAUCACCUUUCUCUUUUAUUUGGUUUACAGGAAUGA